AUGUGCCGUUACACGCUAAAAUAUCUCAAAGUGAAUUUUUGUGCAAUAAUGGGCUCAGAAGCUGUGAAAGUUGUUGUCAGAGCACGACCACUAAACGAACGUGAACAUUUGCUCAAAUGUGAUAAUAUUCUUGAGAUAUUCAGCGAUACUGGCCAGUGUUCGAUUAUAAGCCCAAACGACAAGAAACGCCCACCAAAAAUAUUUUUCUUUGAUGGAUCAUAUGACCAGAAUUCAACUACCGAACAAAUAUACAAUGAUGUGUGUUACCCUCUAGUAGAAGGGGUUACUGAGGGCUACAAUGGCACAAUAUUUGCCUAUGGACAAACCGGUUGUGGAAAAUCUUACACUAUGCAGGGAGUAUAUGAGCCACCAUUCCAAAAAGGAGUAAUUCCCCGCGCAUUUGAUCAAAUAUUUGAGACUAUGUCUGUAAGUGAAAAGACAAAAUAUUUGGUCCACGCAUCAUUUCUGGAAAUUUACAAUGAAGAAGUUCGUGACCUCUUGGGACAUGACUACAGAGCUAAAUUAGAGCUAAAGGAGAAUCCAGAUAAAGGAGUUUACGUUGCUGGCUUGUCAAUGCAUAAAAUAACUUCAGUUGCAGAAUGUCAGAAUAUAAUGGUACGUGGAUGGAAAAAUCGUUCAACUGGAGCAACAUUAAUGAACGCUGACAGUAGUCGAUCACAUUCUAUUUUCACGAUCUAUUUAGAAAUGAUUGAUCGAAGUGACAAUCUGCUUGAUUACAACCAUAUAAGGGCUGGUAAAUUAAAUCUAGUUGAUUUGGCGGGCUCUGAAAGGCAAACAAAAACUGGUGUAACUGGUGAUCGUUUUAAAGAAGCUACGAAAAUUAAUCUUAGUUUAUCAGCAUUGGGUAAUGUCAUUUCAGCGUUGGUUGAUUCCAAAGUCAAACAUAUACCUUACCGUGACAGCAAGUUGACUCGACUGUUACAGGAUUAUGAACUAAAAUUGCAAUCUACGAAAGCCCAGUAUAGUGCUGAAACAGAUGAUAAAGCUAAAAUGCUAAAGGAUACAACCCAUCUAAAAGAAUUAUAUGAUGCCAAACUCAUGCAAGUGAAUAGCCAUCAAAAUUUACAGCCAUCAACGAAUCAGCACUUAGAUCAAACGGAAGAGUUGAUAGAAAUAUCAGACGAUAAAAUCCAACAACAAAUUGUAACACAAAACGACACUAAUGUACGUAUUGAUACAUAUGAUGAGGAAGUAACAAAAGAUGAACUACUGAAAAGACUGAAAUUAUUGGAAGCAGAUAUUGUCGGUGGUGAGCAAGCUGGAAAUAAGGAGGUCAACGAGAAAAUAUCAAGGCGAAAAACAUAUGCUGAAGAACGAAAACGUCGAUUAGUUGAAGCGAAUGCGAACCUAGAAGAUGACGGCAUUAUGAUAAAUAUUUAUGAAACAAUACAAGAUGAACUAUAUUACAAAAAUAAAGCUCUACAGUCACAAAAACAGAAGGUAUAUGCGUUACAAAUGGAAAUUAAAGAUGUUCAGUCAGAAUUUGAACAAGAUCGAAGUGACUAUUUGGAAACUAUAAGACGCCAAGAACAACAAAUAAAUUUGCUGAAUAUGAUUUUAGAAAAGGUUCAGCCAUGCAUACGCAGAGAUAGCAAUUAUUACAACAUCGAUAAAAUCAAACGAACAGCCAUGAGGAAUAACUGGAAAUCUAAACAAGACCACGUAUAACUUGUCAGAUGUGAGACGGUACCCAAAACCUGCUCUGGAUCGACAUUAAGCUUAAGAGUAGGAAGCUUCUCGAUCUCUUUGCUUCUACAGGAAAAUAUCCCAGUCUUCAAAGACGAGCCUCUAACUGAAUGCAGCUUUAUUUGGUACAACAUAACUUACCUUGCUCCUAAUACAGGUGAGAUACCCAACGGCAUCAGCUGAGCAGUGAUUAAGUCCAUAUAACCCGGGGAUAGUGGAAUUUAGUCAUUUGAAAUAGACCAUGUUGUAUAUCGCAAGUAUACUCCAGUAGAUAUAACUGAAACCAUUAGCUGAGUGAUAAACAGGUUAGUAGGAUAUUUAUUGGUAAAAAAGUAGAUAAUUAAAUCGAUUAAGUUACGAACAUAGGACUAUUGGAGUAGCUGAAUAAUAUGCUAGGU